AUGAUUCAACUCAAGAAGAUGGUCCGAGCUCUAAAGAAUCGUCGAGAGAUUGUUUUAGAACUGAACAAUACGAACACAGCGGUGGAAUUGAUGGAGAAUCAGUUGAAGAAGAAGGUCGGCAUCAAACGUCGUUCGUCCUCUUUACGAUAUUUUUUUGGUGAUUCAAAACGGAAGGAGAUGAAUCUAAAACAAGAUAUCUACAGAAGAAGGAAGCCCUUGGAAAAGACGGUUUAUGAAAAUGAGGAUGCGCAUCAAGUCAGUUCGUCUACAUCAGCUGCUUGUUCCCGAUUCUCCGUAAGUAACGGCGGAGAGAUCUUUGGGGAUGAUCUGAGGCCGGCCAUCUACAGCAUCACGAAGGAUGAUUAUCACGAAUCUGGAAAGAUGACGGUAACUCUCGACAAUCAUGAAACCAGCUCCAAAAUCAAUGAACAGGAUUCAGUUCACAGUUUCGCCAUCGAUCCAAAGACAUUGGAGGACAAUAAACCGAGUGCAAUCGUAUUAGAAUCGUGGGAAAGGGCGGAGAAAAUGGUAUCUGAAUUCUUUGGAAGUACCACCGAAUUCCUUGAAACAUCAGUCCAGUCCAGCCUGGAAGCAUACAAUGAAUAUAUCAGACUCAAACACACAAUGUAAGCACUUUACUGUUUUAAAAUUAUUGAUAAACUUUUGUUUUUAGAUUGAUCAUACAAAAGAUGGCCCAGAGCAAAGAUGAAUUCUUGGCUGAAGGCUCUUCCGAAAUGUUAAAAUUAUGCCUGAACGGUUUAAUUUCAUCGCUGGAAAGUGCAAUGAAGAACCUGGAGAAGGAUUACCCUCGUUUACACACUUAUGCUCGACAGAAGGGGAUGAAAUUCCACAAGAAAGGCAUGCAGAAAAUUGGUGAAGAUGCGGUUGAAUUCUAG